AUAGAGUUGUGAUCCUUAAAAUGUCAUAAGUAAAUGAAGUGUUCAAAUGAUAAUGAUGAUAUGAGUUUAAUUUUACGUAUCACUGUGCAAAAACUCUGAGCGCCUCAUAUGAAAGACUCAUGUCAUUGCCUUUUUUGUCAUCUGGAAGAAGAAAGAAGUUGUGUUUCCUCAUACUAACAAAUGGCAGUUUGCCUGCCAGCAAGAGUAAUUAAACUCCAAACAGCAGUUAACAAUCCCACUUAAUCCUGUCAGUGGUUAAAUGUGACUGCUGUCUAACAGACAUGGCCCAGGAAAGCCAAGCUUGCAAGACAAACACAAAUGCUAAACACAAGUUUUUUAAAUGUAUUCUUGGUCUUUGUAGUCUCUGAAGUCUUUAUGGAUUCUGUCUUGAAAGCACUUGCUCUCAUACAAAGCUUCUCAGACGGUGUAAGACACUUAAACACAGCUUUUAUCAGUCCUUCUUUGCCUGGUGUUAUAGUUAUGGUAUUAUCCUUAUCCCUCCGAAAUCAUACAGCGCGUCUCUCCGUCAUAAUGUUGAGCACUUUUAAAAUGAAUCAGUAGGAUUUUGAGUGUUACUUUGCCACAGCAUUGUAUACAAUGUAUUUAGAGAAGAGAUGAACCAAUGAUCUCAAUAUGUUAUCAUGCAGAUUCAGGAAACACCAACAGAAAUAAUUCCAGUCUUUCUCCCUGCCCUCUUACAGUUCAGGUCAUAGGUGCCAUAACUCUAUUAUCAUUACCUGUGAUGAGAUUGGCCCCAGUUAAAUGACAAGUGGCUGGAUUUACAAGUUAAGAAAGCUCAGGGGCUUUAUGACUCUUGCGUCACAGUCAUUAGUGCCCCCAGGAUCCCCUUACCCAGUAAGCCACUACCUUCUGUUACUGGGGAGAAGGUUGGAACUGCAGCUUUGGUCCUGAGAGCACAGAGGAGGGUGGGAAAUGUCUCAGUAGGGUCUGAACUGCCACAUCUUCCGGAGGCCACUUUCACCAUCCAGCCAUAUCCGCCUGAGGGGAGCAUCCUUGUGCAGCUACAGAGGGAAUCUUUCGUCUAAAAUUGGACAAAAUGGCGGACAAAGACACUGUAGAGAAGUUCCUCGACAACAAUCCACAGUUUGCAAAGGAGUACUACGAAAAGAAAGUCAAGGCAGACGUGAUCACUGCUGCAUUCAACAACCAGGUCCAGGUCAAAGACCCGGCCUCUUACAAGGAUGUCUCCACCAUUCAGGAGGCAGAGUUCAUAUUCGAAGCCGUGAAAGAGAUGCAGGGCAACAACCCGAUGGAGAAAUCCCUGCAUAAAGUCCUCCAGAGGAUUGCUCUGCUGAUCCAGGCCGAUCGCUGCAGCUUCUUCAGCAGCAGGUCUCGUAACGGGACCCCAGAGCUGUCCACGAUCCUCUUUGACGUGACGCACAAUUCUCCAUUUGAGAAAAAUUUUGUGAACCCCAAUGUAGAGAUUGUUUUCCCCACUGACAUGGGAAUUGUUGGAUGGACGGCACACUCCAAGAAGCCUCAGAAUAUUGCCGAUGUGAAGAAGGACUCUCACUUCAGCGACUUUGUGGAUAAACAGACCAAAUACACCACAAAAUGCAUGCUCACUGCUCCCAUUAUGAGCGGGAAGGAGCCCAUCGGUGUCAUCAUGGCGCUCAACAAACAGGGUGCCAAUGAGUUCUCAAAGAGCGAUCAGGAGCUCUUCAACAAAUAUGUGAACUUUGCUUCUGUGGUCAUUCUCCAAGCGCACACUUCUUACAUGUGGGAUGUGGAGUCAAGGAGAAGCCAGGUGUUGCUGUGGUCAGCCAGCAAAGUUUUUGAGGAGUUGACAGAUAUUGAGAGGCAGUUUCACAAAGCCCUGUACACAGUGAGGACAUACAUCAAGUGUGAGAGAUACUCUGUGGGACUCCUGGACAUGACCAAAGACAAGGAAUUCUUCGAUGAGUGGGCGAUCAAGCUGGGAGAACAAGAGCCAUACAAGGGUGCCAAAACACCUGAUGGCAGAGAAGUCAACUUUUACAAGAUUAUUGACUACUUGCUUGAAGACAAAGAGGAGAUUAAAGUUAUUCCUGGCCCACCUGCAGACCACUGGGCUCUGGUCAGCGGACUCCCAACAUAUGUGGCUGAGAACGGAUUUAUCUGCAACAUGAUGAAUGCUCCAGCAGAUGAGUACUUCGCAUUUCAGAAAGAAGCAGUGGAUGAGUCCGGAUGGAUGAUUAAGAAUGUCCUCUCCCUCCCUAUCGUCAACAAAAAGGAAGAAAUUGUUGGUGUUGCCACAUUCUUCAACAGAAAAGAUGGCAAACCAUUUGAUGAGAAUGAUGAACAAAUUACAGAAGCUCUGACCCAGUUCCUCGGCUGGUCCACUCUGAACAGUGACACAUACGACAAACUGAACAGGACAGAGUGGGGGAAAGAUGUUGCCCAGGAAAUGCUCAUGUACCAGACAAAGGCCACACCAAAUGACGUGCAGACCAUCCUGAACACUCAAGAGAAGUUUGGCUCCGCACCAGAGGACUGUGACCAGAAGGAGAUGUACAAACUGUUGAGAUCCAACAUCCCUGAGGCCAAGACCGUGGACCUGCACGAUUUCCACUUCAGCGAUUUCCCCUUGUCAGAGUUCGAACUAAUCAAGUGUGGCAUCCGCUGCUUCUUUGAGCUGGGGGUGGUAGAGAAGUUCAAAGUCCCAGCUGAGAUCCUGACACGAUGGAUGUACACCGUUUGCAGGGGAUACCGUGACAUCACCUACCACAACUGGAGGCAUGGCUUCAACGUUGGACAAACCAUGUUCACUCUUCUGCUAACAGGUAAACUGAAGAAGUAUUACUCUGAUCUUGAGGCCUUUGCCAUGGUUGCUGCUGGAUUCUGCCACGAUAUUGACCACAGAGGAACCAACAACCUCUACCAGACAAAGAGUGCAUCCCCACUGGCAAAACUGCACAGCUCCUCAGUUAUGGAGCGCCAUCAUCUUGAGUACAGUAAGACUCUGAUGGAGGAUGAGAACCUGAAUAUCUUCCAAAACCUUCAGAAGCGUCAGUUUGAAACAGUGCAGCAUCUGUUUGAAAUUUGCAUCAUUGCCACUGAUCUCGCCCUCUAUUUCAAGAAGAGAACAAUGUUUCAGAAACUUGUGGAAACUGUGGAGGGGAUCCCAGAGGAGAAAGAAAAGGUCAACUUCAUCUCCAACAACCCAACCAGGAAGGAGAUUAUCAUGGCAAUGAUGAUGACAGCUUGUGACUUGUCAGCCAUUACAAAGCCAUGGGAGAUUCAGAGCAAGGUCGCUCUGAUGGUGGCAGCUGAAUUUUGGGAGCAGGGAGACCUGGAGAGAACAGUUCUUGAUCAGCAGCCUAUUCCCAUGAUGGACAGAAAUCAUGCUGAUGAGCUUCCAAAGAUGCAGUGUGGUUUCAUUGAUUUUGUCUGUUCAUUUGUGUACAAGGAGUUUUCUCGAUUCCACACUGAGAUCAAACCCAUGUUCGACGGGUUGAAUAACAAUAGGGGAGAGUGGAAAGCUCUCGCCGACGUCCAUGAGGCCAAGAUGAAGGCCAUCGAAGAGGAGAAGAAAAAGCUGGAAGGUGGAGACGAUCAAGCUCAAGACGGUGGAAAGUCAAAGACAUGUAUUAUCUGCUAGAUCUCCAAGGCCACCAAAGUAUUUAUGGAUGUUUGUCUGGAUGUGUGUUUGUACAGUGUGUGUAUGUGUCCGCAGACAAGUGAAUUUGAAUGUGCAAAAAAUCCCCAAAUUAUUAUUUUUAUAUACUUUAAUGUGUAGGUCUUCUAUCCUCAGACACAGAAAGCUAUUUUGACUGGCACCAUACAGUAUGUAUGUGAUACUAUGAAAACAGUAAUUUAAUAUACUCUUGUAUGUAAUAAAAGUUCCACUGAGCUGAA